CCCGGCUCUCGCCUUUCAUUCUCCAUAGACAGUCGGCAAGUCCACCUGCCCUGCGCGAACCCUAGAGCCCAGACUUGAGCUCUGCCCACAAGCAAGAUGGCGGCAACGGCAACACCCCCUACGACUUAGCGCCAAGCCAUGCCAUUGGUCGGCGGCUGGAGUGAAGUCUCCGCGGAUUGGUCGAGAGUGCUGCGGGGGUGUGAGAGGUGGAGCUGCAGCAGCCGGGAGCCCGGAGUGGGCAACGCGGCUUGAGCAGUGGCCCCAGGCUCCCGGAGCAUCGCGCUGGGAGAAGACUUCACCGCUCGGGGCCGCAGCCUGGUGAGCUCAGCCCCUUUCAGGCUCUCCCCAACCUCCCAGCCAGGGCCUCUCGGAGCCGGCGCCGAUCGAUGCCGACACACCUGGGGGACCCUGUUGCGACUCCUUCGCGCCAUAUCGCGACAUCAUCGUGCCCUGUCGAGACUCCAUUUUGUCACACAGCUCUUUUCAAUCUAUAGUUUUUCUUUUUUUCUUUUUUUUUCUUUGCCCUGUCAUCUUUGGAGGCUGUCCCAUGUCGUGAUUUUUGCCGUGAUCUCUUCGUGGCAUCACCGCGUCAUCGUGAAGUGUGAUCUCAUCGCCGCUCUGUCGUGACUUCAUCAAUGUCGUGUUGUGACCUGGCUGCGGCCGGACAGUUGGGCAAGGCGGGCAUCAUGGCCUCGGAUUGUGAGCCAGCUCUGAACCAGGCAGAGGGCCGAAACCCCACCCUGGAGCGAUACCUGGGAGCCCUACGUGAAGCCAAGAAUGACAGCGAGCAGUUUGCAGCCCUGCUGCUAGUAACCAAGGCAGUCAAAGCAGGUGACAUUGAUGCCAAAACUCGACGGCGGAUCUUUGAUGCUGUUGGUUUCACCUUUCCUAAUCGUCUCCUGACCACCAAGGAGGCGCCAGAUGGCUGCCCUGACCAUGUUCUGCGGGCCCUGGGAGUGGCCCUGCUGGCCUGCUUCUGCAGUGACCCUGAACUGGCCGCCCAUCCUCAGGUCCUGAACAAGAUCCCUAUCCUUACCACCUUCCUCACAGCCCGGGGGGACCCCGACGAUGCUGCCCGCCGUUCCAUGGUCGAUGACACCUACCAGUGCCUGACAGCAGUAGCAGGCACACCCCGAGGCCCCCGGCACCUCAUUGCUGGUGGCACUGUGUCUGCCCUGUGUCAGGCAUACCUGGGGCAUGGCUAUGGCUUUGACCAAGCCCUGGCACUCCUGGUGGGGCUGCUGGCUGCUGCCGAGACACAGUGCUGGAAGGAGGCAGAGCCUGACCUGUUGGCCGUGUUACGAGGCCUUAGUGAAGAUUUCCAGAAAGCUGAGGACGCCAGCAAGUUUGAGCUCUGCCAGCUGCUGCCCAUCUUUCUGCCCCCAACAACUGUGCCCUCUGAAUGCCUCCGAGAUCUGCAGGCUGGGCUGGCACGCAUCCUGGGCAGCAAGCUGAGCUCCUGGCAGCGCAACCCUGCACUGAAGCUGGCAGCCCGCCUGGCACAUGCCUGCGGCUCCGAUUGGAUCCCGGCAGGCAACUCUGGGAGCAAGUUCCUGGCCCUGCUGGUGAACCUGGCAUGUGUGGAGGUACGUCUGGCACUGGAGGAGACAGGCUCAGAGGUGAAAGAGGAUGUGGUGACCGCCUGCUAUGCCCUCAUGGAACUGGGGAUCCAGGAAUGUACCCGCUGUGAGCAGUCACUGCUGAAGGAGCCACAGAAGGUGCAGCUUGUCAGCAUCAUGAAGGAGGCCAUCGGGGCUGUCAUCCACUACCUGCUGCAGGUGGGACCAGAGAAGCAGAAGGAACCCUUUGUGUUUGCUUCGGUGCGGAUUCUGGGUGCCUGGCUGGCGGAAGAGACCUCAUCCUUGCGCAAAGAGGUCUGCCAACUGCUACCCUUCCUCGUGCGCUAUGCCAAGAGCCUCUACGAGGAAGCAGAAGAGGCCAAUGACAUCUCCCAGCAGGUGGCCACCCUGGCCAUUUCCCCCACCACCUCAGGCCCCACCUGGCCAGGGGAUGCUCUUCGGCUCCUUCUGCCCGGUUGGUGUCACCUGACAGUGGAAGACGGGCCCCGGGAGAUCCUGAUCAAGGAGGGGGCACCUUCACUCCUAUGCAAGUAUUUCCUGCAGCAGUGGGAGCUCACAUCCCCUGGCCAUGACACCUCAGUGCUGCCUGACAGUGUGGAGAUCGGCCUGCAGACCUGCUGCCACAUCUUCCUCAACUUGGUGGUCACCGCACCAGGGCUGAUCAAGCGGGAUGCCUGCUUUACAUCUCUUAUGAACACCCUGAUGACGUCGUUGCCUGCACUAGUGCAACAGCAAGGAAGGCUGCUUCUGGCCGCCAACGUGGCCACCCUGGGCCUCCUCAUGGCUCGCCUCCUGAGCACCUCUCCAGCUCUUCAGGGGACGCCCGCAUCCAGAGGCUUCUUCGCAGCUGCCAUCCUCUUCCUAUCACAGUCCCACGUGGCUCGGGCCACACCUGGCUCGGACCAGGCUGUGCUGGCGCUGUCCCCUGACUAUGAGGGCAUCUGGGCUGACUUGCAGGAGCUCUGGUUCCUGGGCAUGCAGGCCUUCACGGGCUGUGUGCCACUGCUUCCCUGGCUGGCCCCUGCUGCCCUGCGCUCCCGCUGGCCUCAGGAGCUGCUCCAGCUGCUUGGCAGUGUCAGCCCCAACUCAGUCAAGCCUGAGAUGGUAGCCGCCUACCAGGGUGUCCUGGUGGAGCUGGCACGAGCCAACCGGCUGUGCCGGGAGGCCAUGAGACUGCAGGCAGGUGAGGAGACGGCCAGCCACUACCGCAUGGCUGCCCUGGAGCAGUGCCUGUCCGAGCCCUGAGGGUGUCCACUGGGGACAAACCUGGGGGCGGGCAGCAAGGGAAGGAGGGAGGAGGUAUCUUCCCUGAAGCCCCCAAACUGGACCCCCCUCCCUAAACAUCCCCCCAACACCCUAGCUUUCUGGCUUUUUCUGAGGGCAAGGGCACAGUGCCCAACCCCCAGUGUAAGGACAUGGUCCUGCCACCCCCUAGGCUCCCAAGGGGACGGGGAUGAGCCUGGAAAUAAAUGUGGCUGUCCCCACCAGGCCAGGGAAAGUUGGAGUAGACCCCAGGGGAUGGGGCACUAGGUGUUAUUGUGCCUAUGUCUGGCUCUUACAUUGGAGGGAGUCUCCAGGGUGGGUUAGGGCUGGCAGGAGCUGGCUGCCUCAGCCCAUAUGCCCUGCCGGCCAGGGCGUGGGCUCCCCUAGGCUGUGGUGCCCCCUCUGGUCUCCCAGGUCCACGUCCUUUAAAUUGGCCCUUUGGCUUUUGCCCUUGGCCCUCUUAGGCAGAAAGUAGGCUCAGGCCACUGACAUCACAGUUCUUCCUAUCAGCUUUAGUGACCUGAGGUCUGAACUGCCCCAUCCUUCCAGGGAAAGCGAGGGCAGACAAGGCCUGGUGAGAGGGUGGGCAAGCCUCUUUCUAUCUGAGCUUCCUUGAGGGGAGGGGACCCAGGACUGCCUGGACCCUGGUCUCUAAGCUUUUGUGUCGUGUUGCAGCAGAGUGACAGUGGGGGUUGGGGGGGGUAUUUAUUUUGCCUGUCCUUAUCCCUGCUUGGACACCUGAGCAUCUGAUCCCUGUCCCCCUGGUGCCAUCUGGCCUGGUUGGAGCCAGAAACAGGAGAGACAUUUCCUCAGAAUCCGCAUGUUUCCCUAGUGACUGCACCCCCUUUCUAUCGUGGUGCCUGGCUUUAACAUCCACCCCUGCUUAGAACUCCUCUGCAGAGACGCGGCUGGCGGCUCCAGCAGGGAUGCCCUUUCUUAAGAACCCAGGGGGACUGCCCCCUCAUGUGAUCCUUUGCUUUCCUCUCCAUCCCCUCCCCCCCCAGUGCGUUCUGUGAUCGCCAAGUUCAAAGCUGUGCACAUGUGGACACUCAAUAAAUGUUCAUUGGUGACAAGGUGA